UCCCACGCGUCGAGCGUCCUAAGUUUAUUUUGCGCAACAUGUAGUUCCGCCAUUGACGUUUGACGGGCCGUCGUCGUCGUCGUCGUCGUCGCUUGCUUCACACACUUGUCGUUCUCUGAUGAGAGUGGGAACUUUAACAACCUCUUCUCCCUCACGAGAACAUCGUUUCACCGUCGAUCAGAUUCAACCGAAUUAACGCCAGGGCGGUUUGACGGCAAAUGUGGUUAGCUCGCAACUUCAGACGCUCGUUUUAACCGUCCCUUUGAGAUGUUUGCGGUGCAGCGUCAGAUAGUUUUGGUGAAAGGGGGCGAGGUUUGCGUAAACAUCUGAAAAUGUUGACAAGACUCAACGACGCGAACUGCUGAGGAGCUACAGCCGCUUAUCGUUUACUGGACCCCAGGAAUGACACUUUCGGUGAUUUCACGCCGUCUCCUGAAAUGACCGGACCUGAUGUAUUUCAAAAAUGGCAGGAAUAGCAUGGUAUCAGAAAAAGAUCGGAGCCUACGAUCAGCAGAUUUGGGAAAAGUCGCUGGAGCAGACUGAGCUUAAGGGCUUUGGAAGCAAACCUAAGAAGACCGGCCAUAUCAAGGCAGACCUCAUUGAUGUUGACCUAGUGAGAGGUUCUACAUUUAGCAAGGCCAAACCAGAGAGCCCUUGGACCGCUCUGACUCGUAAAGGCUUGGUCAGGGUCCUCUUUUUUCCUUUCUUCUUUCAGUGGUGGAUCCAGGUUACUUCUAAACUCAUUUCCACCCUCAUCUUAAUUCUGUACUUUCUUCAAGUGGCAGGAGCUGUGUUGUAUUUCGAGGUACCUGCAGCCUGUGCCAGUGAGGUUGUGGGUCCGUUGUGUCUCGUGCUGUUGUUGGGAACAGUACACUGCCAAAUAGUAUCCACGGAAACCUCCAGAAGCCCGGACAACAGUCCUGUCCCCAGCCGGACCUCCAGCCCUGUUCGCAGGAAAAGACAGAGGAAGAGCAGAAAAUUAAAGAAGUCUGAGGAUGAGAGCAGCAGAGGGGGAGGGAUUGUACAACUCAAACUUGAAGACAGCCACCGGCUCUACAGAUCAGAUAAGAGACUGAAUUCCCUGAGGAGGCCUCCAUGUGGGGCUUCUGAAGAUCUCUCCAGUGAGGAAGAAGUAGAGGAAGCAGAGCUGCAAAGAGAGAGACUCUUCUCAUCAGCACCUCCCAAAUAUGCCAGAGCGCUAAGGAAUAGACUUCACAACCUCCCCAAGAACAAUCUGCAACCCCAGACUCAGGGAGAGACUAACGGCAGGCUAACAGGCGGUCCAGUGCUGCCACAUGAAGUCGAGCUGCUGCGACCCACAGAGGGCUCGCAUCCAGCCUCUGACACAGAUGACAUGUUAUGGGAGGAGCUUCUACACGAUCCUGACUCCGCCUCUACAGGAAGCAGCGAAAGCGGGGAGGAGGAGUCUCACAGUCAUAACCACUCCCUCCCUCUUCCCAACAUCGCUCUGACGAGUGAUGAGGACGAAGCCUUACCGCAGCACCAGUUUUCGUGGCUGCAGGCUUGUCACCCCUCCAAAGACCGAGUCAGUGCCAUUAUCUGGGAGCAAGGAGAGUGUAAGAAAGCCGACAUGUCCGUGCUGGAGAUCAGUGGUAUCAUUCUCACGAGAGUGAAGGUGGUCGAGCAGGGGAUGGGUUAUCUGAUCUUCGGCAGUCUGGUCACCGCCUCUCUGGCUCUGCUGCCCUACAGCUUCAGGCUGGCACAGAAACUGGAUUUUGCCAAUCUCAGUUCAGUGUCUUUGGAGGAGCUGCCCGAAGUGGCCAUUGGGCCACCUUGUGCCUUGUCCUAUGCAUUCUUCACCAUCACCAUGAUAGAAAGAGUUUUCCUCUCUGGACUCUUCUUUUUCAUGAUGUGUGUGGCUGAGAGGACAUAUAGACAACGCCUUUUGUUUGCUAAACUCUUCAGUCACCUCACAUCUGCGCGCAAAGCCAAGAAAUCUGAGAUUCCUCACUUUCGACUGAAGAAAGUGCAAAAUAUUAAGAUGUGGCUUUCUCUUCGAUCAUUCCUAAAGAGACGAGGUCCUCAGAGGUCUGUCGAUGUCAUUGUAUCAUCAAUUUUCCUCCUGGCUUUGUCUAUUUCCUUCAUCAUCUGUGCCCAGCUUUUGCACAGUCAUCACACAUUUCUGGAUUCAGAGACCAAUUGGGAGCUGAUGGUUUGGUGUGCUGCUCUAAUGGUUUUCCUCCUACGCCUGGCUACCCUCGGAGCUGAGACCAACCGAAAGUAUAGCAACGCUUCUGUGCUUCUGACCGAACAGAUUAACUUGUAUCUUAAGAUGGAAAAGAAACCCAACAAAAAGGAUCAGCUGAAUAUAGUGAACAAUGUGCUGAGGCUGGCCACUAAAUUACUGAAAGAACUGGACACACCGUUUCGUCUGCUAGGUCUGACAGUGAACCCGCUCAUCUACAACAUCACGAGAGUGGUCAUCCUGUCAGCCAUCUCAGCUGCCGUCAGCGAUUUACUAGGGUUCAACAUCCGGCUCUGGAAGAUCAAACCUUGAUGUGAUGCCUUUACACUGCCAGCGUCUUAACACUUGGGCCAGAGAGACUCUUUUAAGCGUGCUUGUGCACAACCUACUAGAUGACCAAGUUAUAUUUUAAAAACUGUGCAAAUCUACUGACCAAACUUAUUGAUGACCCUGUGCCUUCGGCCAGUCCGAGCAAACCUGUGUUCAGCUCAACUUCGUCGUUGAGGUUUCCUCAUUGAAAUAUGAAAUGUACAACUGUAAAGCACACUCAGUAGGUUUUCUUGAUGCACUUGCUUAUUGUAACUACUUAACAGCUUGCUGUUAUAUUCCUACCAGUGACCACUGUUUUUCAUAAACGCAUACUCUGCACAUUUAUUAUCUGGUCUUGAAGCAACCACUUUAAACAGAACCACUAUGUGCCUUGUGAAUAAUUGCAUUUAACAGUACUUUUAGAUAAGCUAUGUGUGAGGCGUGGAUAUGUCAACUGCUGAAUGGGUGAUGAAAAUAAAGUUUUGAGUUUUUAGAAAAGGGUACUGAAAAACUUGCACACUGAAGCUCUUGGAGAGAACACUUUUUACUGGCAUUGUUUAAAAAUAAUAAUAAUAAUAAUAAAAAAGCUUUCUCUGAGAAA